AGUCCAACUUCAGGCAUGCAUGUUUUGUAAAUAUAGAUCUACCGAUUUUCCUUAGCGUCGAUCGGCCUUCGCACCCCGAUGUGAAGCACAUUUAGAGUCCAUUUUUUGGACGAUUGAAUCUGCCAAAUAGACAGUGGCAAAUUUUUGGCAUCUUAGAAGCUCCAUCUUUCCGGAAUCUAAGUGUGAGUACGUAUCGUCCGGACGACACGCCUGUAUUGUCUACGGGUUCAGUUUUCUUAAGUCUCGGGUUCUGGUCGUUUUGCACACAGCGAAAUGUUGUACGUAUACAGUGCGGUGCAUAAUAUUUUGGAAUGAAACAAUCCGCUAUGAAUGUUACCCGUUGACCUACUUCCCUCCAUCUCAUGAACUGAUCAUCUAGCAGCAUGCACUGUCGUGUUUGAAUUCGAAUAAGAAUGAAGAUUACGCUUGCUUUGUCGCCAGAGGACCGUGUCUGACUCGAGGGCAAGUGCCUCUCCAGUUUGUCGUGCGCUGGACACCGACGUCACCGCCCUUCGGAAUCGUGAGUCAAAAUGUCGCGGCCGAACAUGGUCGUGGACCAUUACCAAAGGUCGGGGAGUCCCUCUGCCUACGAGAUCUGUUUCGCGGCAUUGGACCAAGCUCGACGUCGCCGAUCGGAGUCGCGCGCUUUCGUGUCGGCUGCUUCCAGUCGUUUCACGAAUGUGGCAGUAACCGCAUAUGAAGGAUAUGAUGAGCGUGUGCCGCGUAUUUCGGCUGCGGAGGUUCGGCGUGAACUAACACGCGAAAGUAACAACUCCGAUGAUACGCGUGUGUCUGAGGCCGCUAGAACGGCGCCGCGUGUUCCCACUAUUAGGAUACCUCCACGCCCGAGCUUCGAUAACAACGCGAGGGCGACUAGCCCGGCGAUUAACGGUGGUCUUCCAGGGCUGAGAAAGUCGGAGACCCGAUUGACACAGCCAGGAGCUUCGAAGAAUGGUCUCCAGCAAAGCGAUGCGGGAAACAGACGGGGCGCAAAAGGCGAUCCGCGCAUGGACUUUUCUGGCGAUCAGUUAACAACCGGAGGAGCUGUUUCAUCUAGCAACAGGCAGGUCCAGACGCAAAACGGUAGGAAAAUCGAUGUAGUUUCGGACUUACAAGUCGUGUAUAAGAAGUACCUAAAUUAUAAAGGUGCUGCCUCAGACGGGAGGCGAAAGCGAAGCGGACUCGCCAGCAUCUUUUCAUCCGGCGAGAACGAUGAUGAGGUCCUUCGAUACGUCUUUCGCUCAAUGAGUCAAAUCUUGGAUAUGCACCGCAACCAGCGGGGGGAGGACGCGCAAGUUCCAGAGCCAGUUACAUCUUUGGCCAGACCAGAGAGCCACCGUAUUUUUGAGGAGGGCUUCUUCUGUCCGCUUAA